AUGUGGGACAACUGCUGGAUCCUCUUUUUCUGCUGUUUCGGUGAAAUUGCGGCCCCUCCGGCCUUGUCACUGGAAAACGCGGUUAACGUCGGCUCGUACAUUCUGACACCUUCCGGUGGCGGAUCCUUGCCGAUAGAUCUUUGGACUGAUUCGCAAUGUAGGCGUGGAGAUUUUGAGGGUAUGGUGGUCGCGUUUCUGUUGAGCGAGAGCCUUCUCCGUGAGAUGAGGGACGAUACCCAGGUCAAGCUCGGUCAGGGCAACUUCCAUGCCAAGCUUCCCUCGAGCUACGGCCGAUGCGGUGUCGAGGGAACAUGCCAGUACGGCAGGUGUUCCACCGUGUACGAAGAGGCCCAGAGCAAGGGCGUUGGUGGUCCCGUCAUUGGCAAGAUGUUCUUGUUCUACGGGGUUGCCGGCGGUGCAUGGCCCGAUUUGACAGUCGCCUACUGCGCGGAGAUUCUUCCAUACAACAUCCGAGCUAAGCGUCUCGCCGUGAAUUUAGCCAUGGUUUCUUUGGCCGCCGUUGUUAAACAGGACGCGAACCCGGUGAGACUCUCUGACCUCCAGUGGUAUUCUACUUUGGAGGAAAUUGCGGACCGUUUCGAGGGCGAAGAUCCGUACGUGGCUCAUAUCAAGGACCACUAG